UGUAGUUUCGUCGCAAUGGCAGUUACACGCAUCAUCGCAUUCGCUUUCGUUUUGGCCGUCUGUGUUGGCAUUAACGCCGCGCCCAAUGGUCGCAUAUUGGAGGGUAACGAUGUUGCUACCGGCGAACUCCCGUGGGUCGUCUCGGUACGUGUGGAUAAUGCGCACGUUGCAGUGGGCAAUAUUAUUGAUGCAAGCCAUAUAUUGACCUCGGGUCACGGACUCUCCGCAUUGAGGAGCACAGCUAUUGCCGCUUCACGUGUUACGGUGCGUGUGGGCAGCAUUAAUCAAUAUGCCGGCGGUCAAAUUGUCAACGUUCAAUCGAUCACAAUUCAUCCAUCUUUUGGCAACUUCUUGCACGACAUCGCCAUCAUCACAUUGCAGCAGCCUCUAACUUUCAGCAGCAAAAUCGCCGCGAUCGCUUUGGCCACGGACGAAGUUAAUGAGGCAUUGGUUGAGGAGACUGAAGUGGCGCUUGCCGGUUGGGGUCUGCAAUUGUCGGGUGCCACACCGUACAAAUUACAGGUGGCCACUUUGAAAGUGUUGAGCUCGCACGAGUGUGAAUAUCAGGCUGGUUAUGGUUAUGAUUCGGUCUUGUGCUUGGAACAUGGCGUUAAUCAGGGUAUCGCGACUGGCGAUGAGGGCGCCGGUGUUGUGGUUAAUAAUACAUUAGUGGGCGUGGCGAGUUUCUACUUUGGCGGCGGCGGUACUAAAUUCCCCGAUGUAAGCAGCAGAGUGUCUUACUACAGCAGCUGGAUUGCAAGUACAAUUGCUGCAGCAAGCGAAGAUUAGUGAAAUUUAACAGAUUAUAUUGACACAUUUUACAUAUUUGUAUAUAUGUAUAUUAUCUAAUUUCUAAAUACCUUGUGUUCCUUGACACAAAUGAACAAAUAAAAAAAUUGAUAAGGAAA